CACUUGCAACAUCACACGAUCACUUUCAAUACAGCUUCCAUUUAUACACAUUCAUUCGCUAUUACCAACAUGUCAGUCGACAGCAAAUGGUCCAUGAACGCCGUCGCAGGUGACGACCCCUUAUCAUUCAUUCACCGCCUCUACGCACGCAUCUGCCCCUCGGACACGGUCCCACUUUCGUUCCACAACUACCUUCGCGCACGCGUCCACUACCGUACUCCCGUCGACACAGAACCACAAUCCCUCAAUCUCGAUGCACACUCGAUCUUCUGGAAAAUGCCUUCCGAUGGCGCGCUCUACGAUGUUUUCCACCCCUUCCUGGCCAACAAUAUCAUCUCGUCAAGCUGGCGAAAGGAUCAUAAGACGUGCUUCUGCGACCUUGUACUGCAUCAUAUACAAGAGCUCAUGACUCCGACCGAUAUCGAGAAGGACUGUCCGGAAGAUGGAUACGCCUUUAUCGAAGGUCUCGAUCGCAUCUUCGCUGAACCUAUCACUACAGUGAUAGACGAAGACAUCAGUGCGCUCGCCAACAACUCGAGCGUUGGGGACGUUAACGCCCACAUAGCGUCAGAAACUUAGGAACGGCAUCUGCGCCCCCGGCUGGCAAGGAUCGUGUGUAUGAGCAACGUUGAUGCUGCGUAUGCGGCUGCGGAAAGGGAUGCGUUGGAAAAAGGGAAAACACGAGCAUCCGGCAUCAAGAAACACGUCGGAAGAUUGAGGCUCCGGUUAAGUGA